UUCACAGGGCACCUCACCUCACCACUGUGGGCUUUGCGCCUGGCGUCAUCGCGCAGUAAUGAAGCUCCAGCAGCAGCGCCGCCUCUGCGCUUAGCCAGCACGGUAAGGACAGGGUGGUGAGAGAGAGCGCUGCUGGCUUUUCAAAUUCCAACAUUUCAUGCCGUUUCCAGACCGAGAAUUGUGUGUAAACAACCUGAAAGAGACGGCCGUCGAGUGGGAAGACAGAAUAAGCGUUGUUUAUUUCUUUUUAUUUGACACCUCCUAUCUAUUCCGCCACGUGCGCUCUGCUGGAAGUUGUGGCCAUGCUGACGGAGAGACCCAGGAAAGCUGUGUGGUAGAGACUGGACUGUGAGGCAGUGAGCUGGGGAACUGUCCAGAGCACAGUGCACCACCAAGUGGAGGAAUCGCACUGGAAGAGGAGCAGCCGAGAGUAAUGAUCUGCAAUGGUUAGAAGCUCAUCGCUGGCGGUGGGACAUUAGUGUUCAAACUCAAGCGGAGAGCCUUGUGUUUUUUGGAGUAUGCGCCUCUCCACCAGGCGGGUUGCUGUGGCAGCAGGCUGCGUGGCCGGCAUGCUGCUGAUGGCGCACGUGUGCCAGCAGGUCCUGGAGUGCCAGCGGGAGGAGGUGUACAGGAAGGGCUCAGGCGCGGUGAUGCGGCCGGAGCAGGACGGCCUGUCUGUGGUGGACUGGCAGCGCGUGGAGUACCACUACAACAAGGACAUGCCGCUGAUCUUCGUGGGCGGGGUCCCUCGUAGCGGUACCACCCUCAUGCGAGCCAUGCUGGACGCGCACCCUGAGAUCCGCUGCGGGGAGGAGACCCGCAUCAUCCCACGCCUGCUGGCCAUGCGCCAGGCCUGGUCCAAGUCCGAGCGGGAGAAGAUGAGGCUGGACGAGGCGGGAGUGACAGAUCAGGUGCUGGACUCCGCAGUGCAGGCUUUUAUCCUGGAGGUGAUCGCCCGGCACGGAGAGCCGGCCCAGUACCUCUGCAACAAGGACCCCUUCACGCUCAAGUCCUCCCUCUACCUCUCCCAUCUGUUCCCCAACUCCAGGUUCCUGCUGCUGCUCCGCGACGGCCGGGCCUCGGUGCACUCCAUGAUCAGCCGCAAGGUGACCAUCGCCGGCUUCGACCUGAGCAGCUACCGCGACUGCCUAGUCAAGUGGAACAAGGCAGUGGAGGCCAUGUACUCUCAGUGCCUGCAGGUGGGGCCGGCCCGGUGCAAGCCGGUGCACUACGAGCAGCUGGUGCUGCACCCGCGCAGGUCCAUGCAGGAGAUCAUGCGCUUCCUGGAGAUCCGCUGGGACGAGGCCGUGCUGCACCACGAGGACGCCAUCGGCAAGCCUGGCGGAGUCUCCCUCUCCAAGACGGAACGCUCCACGGACCAGGUGAUCAAGCCCGUGAAUCUGGAGGCACUGUCCAAGUGGGUGGGGCACAUUCCCAUGGACGUGAUGAUGGACAUGGCCGAGAUCGCGCCCAUGCUGACCCGGCUUGGGUACGACCCCAACGCCAACCCGCCCAACUAUGGCAGCCCGGACCCUCUCGUGGUCAAUAACACUCAGCGGGUAAUGAAGGGAGAUUUUAAAGCACCGGCCAAUUUAAAAGGACAGCCUCAGGCGAUGCAGAACACAUCCGAGACGCAGCGGUGAAGUGGGGGGAAGCAGGUUUGUACAUAUCCUUUAUAUCUCUUUAGAGUUUGCAAGCCUGUACUAAACCCAAAUCACAAGUGUGCCGUUUCCAUACCUGAUACAUUAGUUUAAGUUCAGGACAGUGCAGUUUCCUGGUAUAGGAUGGCAUUUGUACAGGAGAUCGUGACGGUGUGCCAGGUGCUGUGACUAAAAUACUGAAGACUAAUAGAAUGACAGUCAUGCAUCCCACAAUAUAUUUGCAUUUGCACUGUCAUCAAUGUCCAUUCAGUAUUUUAACUUGCAGUUAUUGUGUUGUACGUUUUACUAAUUGAGGCACAUUACAGAUCAUUUCCUUAAACUGAACCAUAUAGAGAGUUAAAGAUCAGCAGACCCCUCUGUGCGGGCGCCUGUAU